AAAAAUAUAAUAAUUAAUUAAAUAAAACAAUUUAAAAACAAAAAUAUAUUAAAGAAAAUGCAGUAAUAGCCUAUUAUACUCAAUAAUAUGCCAAACUAAUUUUAAUAUAAUUAGAAUAUCCUAGCCAACACGAGCAUGAAAAUGAUUCAGCCAUUUGUUCCAUCGUAUUUUUAGAUACAAUAACAACAACCUAGAAUAUCACAAUUUUAACAUGAUAUGUGCGAAAUCGAUAAAAAAAUAGUUAAGUGUGCUUUCAAGAAAAAAAGAAUGCUGAAAAGACUGCUUACCUGGAUUGCUUUACUAUAAUAAGAAAAAGAACUAGAAAAAAAGAAACUUGAUUUUUAGAUUUAUUAGAAAAAGUAUACCAAGAACAAUACAAUGCAAGAUGCUAAUACGUUAUAGAAAAUAAACAAUAAAUCUGUGAAAUUUGAAGAAGAAAAUCAAAUUCUUAAAAAGAAAUCUUCUUAAGAAAAUAAAUAGCCUUCACAAUCUUCUUCAGAUGUAAAUUAGAGCUUAUGCAAGUAUACACCUUAAUAAACAGAACUUCCUCCUUCUUAUUCUUCGAAUUCUUCCUAAGAUAUCAAUUAGAGCUUAAGCUAGCAUACUCUUUAAAAAAUAUCUGUUACUCCUCCUUCUUAAGAAGUCAAUUAGAGCUUAUCCUAACAUACACCCUAAAAGACAGAAGUUAUUCCUUCUUAAGAUGUUUACAAUAAAUUGCAUGAUUAGAAAACUUAAAAAUUAAAAAAUCAAAUAAUCUAAUCUAAUGAAGAUGCUUCAUUUGAAGAAACUCCAAAAUUUAAUUAAAAAAAUAUCUAAUCAAAUUAAGGCACUUAAGAUAGCUGUUUAGUAGAGAAAAGAGAUCAUCAGAAGUUAUCUGAUACAAGUAGAAAGUAAAAUAAUUCUGUAAAUGAUUCUUAAGUCACUCAUUUAAAAAGAUCAAAAGUUUCAGAAUUUGAUUGUGAAGAUAGCUAACUUAAUAUUAAUAGAGAGAAGAAUAGAGACCACCCUUAAAAAAACAUGAAAAAAAGUGAUAAAUCUCAAUGUAAAUAUCUGUAAAAAUAAAAAUAGAAACCAUAUUAAUAAACAGAAAAAACUAGUUAAAAGGCUUUGCAAAAAAUGUAAAAAGAAAAACACAAGUCUCAUAAAAACUCCGAAUAAGAAUUAGAAUACAAUCGAUAUAAAUAUUAAAGUUAUAAAUAAGUUAAAGUUGAAGAAAAUAAUUUUAAUGAUGAAUUUGAAAAACAUUCUGAUUUCGAUUUUGAAUUUGAAGAAAUUACAAAAAAUUUUAACCAAAAAUAAUAAAUUGUUGAUAAAAAUCUCAAUUUGAUUCAAGUUACCAAUAAUUUUCAAAAUAAAUCACUUCAGAAAUCAACUGUUGAAGAAAAUUAAAAUGCUAAUAACAACAACUUAUAAAAAUAAGAAUAAACUUAGUAAGACCAUGACAAAUAAGUUAAAGAUUUGGAUUUUUAAACUCCAGUAAAGUCAACUUGUGAAAACUAAAGUUCUAAGGAGAGUUCCUUAAAUAAGGAGUAGUCAAGAGAGAAAUAGUUUAAUUAUAGUACAGAAAAAAAAGUAUAAAAUUAAAAUUGCCAUUUAUUAAAUUCUCCUAAUGAAAGUGCUAUAGAAUCAACAUAACCUUCUUAAAAUGAAUAAUUUUAAUCAAGUUUAAUGUCUUAAUCGAAUGAUUAAACAUAACUAAUUUCUCACUUUUCUAAUACAAAAAUAGAAUAACUUGAAGAACAAUUAAUAUAAUUUAUUUCUGAAGGGUAGAGAGAUCUUGAUUCUGUGUUAGAAAAGGCGUAUCACCUUAGAGAAUCACUUGGACUAACAAAAAAAGAUUUAACUUUAUCUGAAAAAUGGUAUAAAUAGUUUUUGUAGAAAUAUUAAAUAGAAUUCGAAGAAUGA